GCAGAAAACCACAGCAAAUCUGCUCGUAUGUGGAACAUGCGCAUUCGUUCUCUGUAGUUUUUUCGGUAUCGAAAGUGAGCCUGCGCAUUAAGAACAUGUUGCCCCCGUGAAGUUUGAACCGGGCAGAAACGGCUGGUCCUGGGGUUGCCAGUUCCUCGAUUUUUCGAAGGAGUUUGUUUUGGUUUGUUUCUCAGCAUGUCAAUAGUAACAGUGCAGCUUGGUCAGUGUGGCAAUCAGAUUGGUUUUGAAGUGUUUGAUGCUUUAUUUAAUGACUCACACUGUCCUGGACACUGCUCUAAAAGGGAGAAUGAGGCAUAUCAAGCAUCUUGCAAAGAAAGGUUCUUCAGUGAGGAGGAAAAUGGAGUUCCAGUUGCUCGUGCUGUCCUUGUUGACAUGGAACGUAAGGUUAUCAGUCAAACACUGUCAAAAGCUGCCCGUUCUGGCCGGUGGAAAUAUGGCCAGCAUUCAUGCUUCUGUCAAAAACAAGGUUCUGGAAACAACUGGGCCUAUGGAUACUCUGUUCAUGGACCCAGGCAUAAAGAAUCUAUAAUGAACCUAAUUCAGAAGGAAGUGGAGAAAUGCGAUUCUUUGAGUGGCUUUUUCAUCAUAAUGAGUAUGGCUGGAGGCACCGGAUCCGGGCUAGGAGCCUUCGUUACUCAGAACUUACAAGAUCAGUACUCAAGUGCUUUGAAAAUGAAUCACAUUAUAUGGCCUUAUGGAACUGGUGAGGUUAUUGUUCAGAACUACAACUCCAUUUUGACACUUUCUCACUUGUACCGAUCUUCAGACGCCCUCCUUGUUCAUGAGAAUGAUGCUGUUCAUAAGAUCUGUGCGAAGCUGAUGAAUAUCAAGCAGAUCUCCUUCUGUGAUAUAAAUCAAGUCCUCGCACAUCAGCUGGGAAGUGUGUUCCAGCCUACUUACUCCAGGGAAGGCUCAUUUCACUACAGGAGAAAUCCACUAGGAGCAUUUAAAGAUCCAGCUCUCUAUACUUCCUGGUUAGAGCCUGUUCACGCUUUCAAUGUGUGGAAAACCCAGCGAGCCUUUAGGAAAUAUGAGAAGUCUGCAGCCUUGGUCAGCAAUAGCCAGUCCUUAGUAAAACCACUUGAUAUGAUUGUGGGUAAAGCGUGGAAUAUGUUUGCUUCAAGAGCCUACCUUCAUCAGUACACAAAAUUUGGAAUUGAAGAAGAGGAUUUUUUGGACAGUUUCACGUUGUUAGAACAGGUUAUUGCUAGUUACUGCAACCUCUGAUUUUGAACCAAGGGGAGAAAUUACCUUAAGUCAAUUUUGGACUAAAGUACUUGCAAUACUACUUUCUCUGUAAGGUUUUAAAAUUCCAGUUUGUUAAUGCUACAGAGUCAAAUGCUGAUUCCUUCUUCAUACUAUAGCCACAGAAAAGGAGGAAAACCUUUCAUGUUUUCAAUGAAAACAUCUACUUGAUAUUUUCCUUUGUAAGAAAAAAAAUUGGUGUUUCUUUAAAGAACUUUGGGAACACUUUGCUGAGAUGUUACAACUUUGAAACUAUCAGAAAAGGAAACUUCCCUCUUUAUUCCAAAAAGCAUUCACUAAAUAUGAGCUAAACUUUCACAGCACAAUUUUAAGUUAAGAAAUUGCAAUUCUGUAUUUAUAUUAAUCUUUGAAAUGAAUGUUUUGGACCACAAGAGGGAGCUGUUGUCAAAUGCUAUGAUGUGAAUGUCUCUUGAAUAUUUUAUUCGAUAACAGGGCAAGAUUUUCCACUUUAAGCAGCUAUUUAAAAAUAAAUGUCAGGAUUGUUAAUAAAUGUAUAUCAUGCUUAAGUACAAAAAGUAAAGAAGCAACUGCUUACUUUGUUUGCUUUUCU